CUCCCUCUCUCUCUCUCUCUGUUGGAGAGAAUUGAGCGCAACCCUAAGCUUAGAACUCAAAUCUCAACUAUGGCGGACCAUUCUUCCAAUCGCGAUACUGAUUCAGGGUUCGAUCAUAGCUCAUCCCAACCGCGUCUUUACAACCCCUACAAGGAUCUCCAGGUUCCUUAUCGAAAUUUCCAGCUUCCAACCUCCCCGGAGUUUCUUUUCGAUGAAGAAGCUCGCCGCCAGCGUCGAUCUUGGGGCGAGAACCUCACCUUCUACACGGGUUGCGGUUACCUCGCUGGUGCAGUCGGCGGCGCGUCUACAGGCUUCGUCUCCGGCGUCAAGUCUUUUGAAUCAGGUGAUACGAUGAAACUACGGAUCAAUCGGAUCUUGAACUCGUCUGGUCAUUCAGGGCGUCUCUGGGGGAAUCGUCUGGGCGUGAUUGGGCUGCUAUAUGCUGGUUUGGAGAGCGGGUUUGAAGCUGUGAGGGAUACGGACGAUGUGUGGAACUGUGUUGCUGCGGGACUUGGCACCGGUGCGCUUUAUCGUGCAGCAAGAGGGGUUAGAUCGGCGGCAGUGGCCGGCGCUAUUGGCGGCGUCGUGGUUGGUAUGGCGGUGACGGGUAAGCAGAUGUUGAAGCGGUACGUGCCGAUAUGAUGGGGGAAAAGGGAUUUUAUAUUGCAAUUUUGAUCGAUAAACUUCGUGUUAGAAUGCCAUAGUUUUAUAUGGGAAUCUGUGAUGACAAUGCUGGGGAUUGAAUUGACUGAUAUUCACUUCAUAUUUUCUAUACGAGGUUAACUCGUGCUUCUUCAUUAGCUUCAUUUAGUGAUGUAAUUCGUCGAGUUCUCUGAUAAUGAAUAAUCCUCAAGACUUUAAACUUGUGGUAUGGGAAUGAUUCAUUCUUUCCAUGUCGUUUGAUAAUUUGGAUGUAAGUAAUUAAAUUAUUUGAGGUUUGAUCGGUUUCAAUUAGUAGUUUGCUGCUUAACCAAUACAUAAUUUUCUAGUUUGAGUACAGAAGAGAGAUCCAUGUUUGAUGCUUUCAUGGCUGGAGGGAGUUCAAAAGUUCUGUGAUUCCGUGCUCGAUGCUCGUCAAUAAUGGUAAAGUUUGUAGAAAAUUAGAAUGACCCUUUUGAGCUUAGGAUAUUGGAUAGUCUUAUUCAUGGUUUGAGGAAUGAAUUCAACUUUUAUUUCUUGUCUGUUCAUGCUGCUCUAUUGAUGUUCGUAUAUGAGACUAUCUGGGGUCAUAAUUUUACCUUGCUGAUCAUCCUUGAUUUAAGAAUUCCAAUCCUGCCGUAGAAUUUUUUUUUACCUUCUUGUUCUUAGCAAUUGUUUGAUCAUUGUAGUUGAAGUGGGCGAUAGGUGUUCGUACUAUGAGAUCUUAAAAGGGAAUUUGGUUCCCUUUCGGAGAAGUUAGGCUUAGUGUUGAUUUUCUAUAUGGGAGAGAAAAAACGAGGAAGGUUGAUUUGAAGCAUGUUAGUUAUAAAUGUGUAACAGCUCAAUCCCACCGCUAGCAGAUAUUGUAUCACAGUUUUAAAACGUGUCUACUAGGUAGAGGUUUUCACACCCUUAUAAGGAAUGUUUCGUUCCCUUCUUCAACCGAUGUGGUAUCUCACAAAAUGAAAUUGUAUCUAUUUAGGGAUUGUUCGGAAUAACUUUCUUAGUACUUGAAAAUACUUUUUAAGCACUGAAGUUGGUCAGUUGCAAAUGAUUUGUUAUCUUUACAGUGUCUUGCUAUCUUGAUAAAUGGCCGUUCCGAAAUGAUACCGCACGAUGAUUGAACUGAGAAAAUUGAAAAAUAGGAUAGAUAUGCUCUAAAUUUCUCUAUGCACUACCCUUGAUUGUUAUUUGAGAGAAGGUUGUUACUUGGGACGAUGGAACAAAUCUGGGAACGUCGAUCUACAUCGGUUCUAGAUCCUCAACGUCCUUCGAAUGCUUUCAGCCAUUGGAGCGCCACAUGCUAAAGCAGCAGAGUUUCAGUUACAGGCAUUAAACAACUGACAGGUCCUCCCAUAUUUUUGGCACAUUCUUUGGCUUUUGCAUCAGCUGCUUGGCUUCAUCAGUCUGCAAAAUUAAAGGCAGUAUCUAAUGCAAGACCUGGCGAUAAGCCAAGGCUACAACAUGAAGGAAGGCGAAUCAGUCCAUUUGAAUUUUGUUUCACCUACGCCCUCCCGUGCACACGCCUUACGCGGGGCCAAUCCUGCGACUAAGAUAGUUGCGCCAGAGGUCGCGCAGCAGCUUCCCAUGGAGCCUCUUGCGGAUCAUCAGGUCCGCCUGGUUGGGCUCAACCUCAGAGAAUUGACUGAACAGGAAACGGAUGACUUUUGCUUUAUCUUGAGUGAAGCUAUGGGGCGGAUGAUCACUGGGACAAAACUGAUUGGAAUGACUGAACUUUGACAAAUGGACUACAGUCAGUGCAACAGCUUGAACGACUAGAGGAGAGGCAGCCAUGUCUUGGAGGGGAUGACAAAGGCAACUGUACAAUAAACCAAUAAUCUGCGAAAUGGAAGGAAUAGUUUCUUCAGCAAUAGGUAAUGACUUCUCCUCUCUUCAUAAAGCUCCAAUCAAAUCAGUCUUUAAAGCAUUUCCUUUCCAUUGAUUCUUCUGCUCUUCAAAUCAAUCUUAGAAGACUGCUGGAUUUACAAGAUGGUUUAAAGAAUAAAAUGGUGACAUUUUUGUAUCA